CCUUUUCUCGGUCCUCUCUCUCUUCUCUCCCAGGCUCUUAAGCCCUUCCUAUUCCUCGUUUUACUUCCUCAAAUCUUUUCCUUUCUCGUUAUCAUUAACGAAUACUUACAACGAUCCAAAUAGAAGGUCUUGCUGCUGCCGGCCUCAAAUUCCUAUUCGAACGCAACCUGUCAGCCCAGCCUUUUUCCCAGCUGCUCUGUUUUGUCCGCCCCAUUCAGUCCAACUGCGCGUCCUCUGUCCCUCCCGUGCUCUUCAUUUCUUGCUCAAAUUGCGGCAGCACGAGUAGGUCCUGAAUAAAAGUAUGGGCUCUUGUUUACUUUUUGAGUUUGUCCAUUGUUCGAGGUUGGUGCGGUGGUGGUGGCGAUGCUGCUUUGAUUAGCGAUCUGCUGUUUCUUAGGUUCCUUAAUCGCUUAUUUUUCUUUUAGUGAUCGCUUUUUCCCAAGAUUGCAUUUUUACUUGUCGGCUACCUUUUGCUCUGUCUUCUAGGCGGCAGAGCAGUCGAGUGAACAAGAAAUUCCUCGGGUUCCACGCGCCUGUUUGGCGUUUUGGCCCUUUCCUUUCUUUCCGCUGGUUUUCUGGUGGGAGUCUGGGGGCUUUGCGUUUGGGUUUAGGAUGGCAUCUCGCCUAAUUUCCCCCUUCCAUUCGUGAUCUUUGAUUGUGGUUUCCCGAUUUGAUCCACCAAGCUGGAAUCUCUUAUUAGUCUUGGAAAGUUGCAAUCUUUCUGUGAAGUUUUUGUUGGAUCGAUCGAUGGCGUCAUCCUGCAUCCCGGCCGGCCUCCGGCUGGACCUGGAGAUGGUCAAGGCGGCGGCGGCGGGUGCGGUGCCGCCGCGCCCGGCGCACUCCGCGGCGUCCUCGACGCUCUCGGAGGCGUCGAACGCGUCCUCGUCGGCGAUGUCGUCGGUGGCGUCGCUGUCGCUGAAGCGGCCGCGCACGCCGCGGAAGCGGCCCAACCAGACGUACAACGAGGCGGCGGCGCUGCUGGCGUCCAUGUACCCCUCCGUCUUCCCCGUCGCGAAGGGCCUCGAGACGGCGCCGCCCCGGCUCCUCGGCCUCGCCUCCGCCGUCGCCGACAACCCCGCCUGCUCCGACCUCCUCCCGCCGUUCCCCGUCCUUAGCCACGCUGCGUUUCUCCUCCGCGACUUGCCGAAGCCGCAGCCGACGCCGCGAAGCCCGGUCCCCGCAAAGAGUUGCCCGUCUCCGGCUGCCGUGAGCAGCGUCUUCAGCGAGUUCCGAGACCCGUCGCCGUCGUCUGCAACCUCUGACGCCGCGGUCGCCGACGAGCCGGGUGAGCUUGACUUCGAUGACGACGGCUUCGACGCCGACUCUAUUCUCGGCGUCGUCGAGGAGGUCGCGGCCGAGGGCAUCGACGGCAUCAUGGGCAAGCUCACCAUGGAGAGCAACGCGGUGACCGUGGCCAGCAUCAACUCCGACCUGCCCAGCUCCAGGAUACACCCAUAUCUCAGGAGCCUCAUGGUGCUCGGGCUCGGGUUCCGGCACGAUCAGCGCAACAUCACCCAAGCGCUGAAGCGGCAUAAUUUCGACCCUGAAUGGUGGAUGUACCCUGCCAUACCGGUGAAUGACAUUGCCCCAGCUCCGCCACCAUCAGUGGCAAUGCCUGCGGUGUCUGAGAAGAAGAGUAAGAAGAAGGGGGUGGGGAGGGAGAAAGACGUGGCCGUUGGGCAGUGCAAGAAAGAUGUGGAGGGGAUUCUUGACUCUGCCAAUGGUGAUACUGGAAUCUUGGCACUGCCAGAGUCGGGAUUGGGGCUGAGGUUGAACACUGGGGAGGUGCUCAAGGCGUGGUGUGGCAGAGGCUCUGUGUUCGCGAAUUGCAAUGCACCUGAUUCGCCAUGGUCCUCUGCCAAUGAACUUGUUAAACAUGCAGACAGUGAUAUGUUUCCAGAGAAUGGUGCUAGUGGUGUUAUCAGGGAAGGCAACAUUCUAAAAAUGCAGCACAAGGAGAAGCAGUGCACUCCCCUCCUCUUGAAUAAGAGCAGGUACUAUCGGCCUCGGGUCAAGGGAAGGUUUGUGAGCAAGGCUUAUCUUCUUCAGCAAGCAUCAGAGAAAGAGAGCUAGAGAAGAUAAAUCCUACUCCUAGGGGUAUUUCUGGGGCUUCGCUCUCCCUCUCUAUGAGAAGCAGAAAAGCUUCUCCAUUUUCAGUUACGCAGUUCUAUACUACAUCGAGGGUAGAGAUGCCUGUAGAGUGGCUUGUCAUUGGGGAUCAGAUCCUGAUGGUUGUUAGGAAGUUUCUGCAGCUUCAAAUGCUGAUGUAAAGAAGACCAUGAAGUAGUAUCACAACCAGUUAACGGUACA